AUGGGGUUCCAGCGCACCCUCGCCUUGGCGCUCCUUCUCUUUGCCGUCGCCCCUCACUCCGAGGCCGCGAGGGACAUCGUCGUCUACAAGGGCAAGGAGUCGCAGCAAGGUGGUCCCUUAGACGCGGGAGGCCCAGGCGGAAUCGGCGAGACCGGCGGGAAGGACGGGAAAAAGGGACCUCCUGACGCGGGCCCGUGCCCGCUUCCCAAGCCCGAGGACGCUCAGACGCUCGGGAAUCUCACCGGUGAGACUCCCGCGUACUCUCGGACGCUUUUCAUGCGCCACGUUUUCCUCCGCCACCUGUUCCUCCGCCCGUGUUCCUCCGCCCGUGUUCCUCCGCCCGUGUUCCUCCGCCCGUGUUCCUCCGCCCGUGUUCCUCCGCCCGUGUUCCUCCGCCCGUGUUCCUCCGCCCGUGUUCCUCCGCCCGUGUUCCUCCGCCCGUGUUCCUCCGCCCGUGUUCCUCCGCCCGUGUUCCUACGCCCGUGUUCCUCCGCCCGUAUUCCUCCGCCCGUAUUCCUCCGCCCGUGUUCCUCCGCCCGUGUUCCUCCGCCCGUGUUCCUCCGCCCGUGUUCCUCCGCCCGUGUUCCUCCGUCCUUGUUCCUCCGCCCGUGUUCCUCCGCCCAUGUUCCUCCGCCCAUGUUCCUCCACCCAUCAAUUCUCGCCGCGCGGCUGAACGGGUCCGAAAUUCUUUACUCGUCUGGCGAUGCCAACGGCACCGGUCGAAUUUGCCUCGCCGUCUUCCAGCUGGACGGCGACUACAACGUCUUCUACAGUGUCGUCGUUUCCAGCUCCGACGCCCGCGAGCCGUUCUCCGCUACGAUCUGGCAAGGCGCGGCGGGAGAAGCGGGAACCACCGUCGCCCGUUUGAUCGACGAAGGAAAGAGUGCCACGUGGGCGAAUCUUACUCGUCCGCCGCCUACCCCGCCCAAGGGCAAGAAGAACAAGGGCACACCACCCGCCCCGCCUCCUCCGAAGUACACUUAUGCCACAAACGGGACGUGGCUUAAUGCGAGUACACUGACUGAGUAUGACGGGCAGACUUUAAAGGAGCUGGUGGAUGCGAUUAUAGCGAAGCCUGAUGGGUACUACGCGAAAUUCUCGACGCCCUCUUAUGAGUCGGGUGCGGCGAGGGGGCAGUUUAAGUCGGACCUGCUUCCGCCGCCGCCUGAGGACGUAAUUAAUGGAGGGCAGCAAGGCGGCCCGAUAGUCGCGGGCGGACCAGGCGGAGUGGGCGAUACCGGCGGGAAGGACGGGAAAAAGGGACCCGGAGUGGGCGAGACCGGCGGGAAGGACGGGAAAAAGGGACCCCCUGACGCGGGCCCGUGCCCGUUGCCCAAGCCCCAGGACGCUCAGGCGCUCGGGAAUCUCACCGCAAUUCUGGCCGCGCGGCUGAACGGAUCCGAAAUUCUUGAAUCGACGGGCGACGCCAACGCCACCGGUCGAAUCUGCCUCGCUGUUUUCGGGUUGGACGGCGACUACAACGUCUUCUACAGUGUCGUCGUCUCCACCUCCGACGCCGGCGAGCCGCUCGCCGCUUCGAUCUGGCAAGGCGCGGCGGGAGAGGCGGGAACCUCCGUCGCCGGUUUGGUCCAGGAAGGAUUGAGCGCCACGUGGGCGAAUCUCACUCGUCCGCCGCCUCCCCCGCCCAAGGGCAAGAAGAACAAGGGCGCACAGCCCGCCCCGCCUCCUCCGAAGUACACUUAUGCCACAAACGGGACGUGGCUCAAUGCGAGUACACUGACUGAGUAUGACGGGAAGACUUUAAAGGAGCUGGUGGAUGCGAUUAUAGCGAAGCCCGAUGGGUACUACGCGAAAUUCGUGACGUCUGCUUAUGAGUCGGGUGCGGCAAGAGGGCAGUUUAAGUCGGAGCCGCUUCCGCCACCGCCCAAGGAGAAAAAGGACGGCAAGAAUGGAGGGAAGAAUGGUGGGAAGAAUGGCGGGGGCAAGAAUGGAGGCGAUAAGGCGGGGCAGGUCGGCACUCUUGUCGGGGUGGUGGGAGCAUAUCUUAACGGCUCCAAUGCUGACCUCACUGCUGACGCCAACGCCACAGGCCUCAUUUCCCUCGCCAUCUUCCUCAACGCCACAACUAACGACUACGACAUUCGUUACAGCGUCGCGGUCUCUCUAACCGACUCUGGCGAGCCCUUUGGUGUCGUCAUCAAGAAUGGCGCUGACUUGGCACUCUCCGUUGUCCCCGGCACCGCCACGUGGGCCAAUCACACGCUCUCAAACGCUGAGCGCGCCAAGCUGGGCGGCAAACUGAACCCUAAGGGCAAGAAGGGGAAGAAGCCGCCUCCCCCGCCUCCCCCUCCCCUCGGCUACAGCUACGAAACCUCCGGUACUUGGCUAAGCGCCAGCACUUUGACGGCGGAUAACGGGCAGACGUAUAAGGAGCUGGCGGAUGCCAUGCUGGCUGCUCCCGCCUCUUACUCUGCUCUCGUCUACACCAGCACGUUCGAGAACGGUGCGGAGAGUGGAGCUUUCGCCAAUACUACCCUGGCAGUAGGGAAAGGGCCCAAGAAAGACGGCAAGUCUUCAAAAUUGAGCGUCAAAUUGAGAUUCAAUGAAACUUGA